CUAUUUCAUGGCCCUGUGGGUUGCAUAGUAAGGGUGUUUGGCUCCUCAAUGGAUCCCAGGUGGUUGCUGUUAGGUAUUAGCUAGGGCUAGAGUCAUCUGAAGCACAUCUGGUCUAUACAGCCAAGGUUUCUAAAAAAAACAACACAUCUGGCACUUCAGUCUUCAGCAUAGUAACCUGGGCUGCUUAUAGCAGUGGUUCUCAACCUUCCUAAUUCUGUGACCCUUUAAUAAAGUUCCUCAUUGUGGUGACCCCCAGCCAUAAAAUUAUUUUCAUUGCUACUUCAUAAUUGUAAUCUUGCUUCUGUUAUGAAUCGUAAUGUAAAUAUCUUUGGAGAUAGAAAUUUGUCAAAGGGGUUGCGACCCACAGUUGAGAACUACUAUCUUCGAGGGUAGUUCAAGGCUCUUCUGGAUGGAGACAUAGCAUAUAGGGAGAAAUAGACAGUAGCUAUUUAUACAAAGGAGCUUAACCUUCCUACAUUUGAACUUGUGUUGAGAUAACUGGUGGGUGAGAACAGAGUUUUUCUGUUGCUAAGUAUGGUUAUUUGGUUCCCUGCUUUCUCGGGCUUGUGGCUUCUCUGCUUCUGUCUUGUGUAUUGGUGAGUCUGGAUGCUUCUUUUUUCUCUUCUAAUCGAAAUCUGGAUGGUCUUCAACUUGACAUACAUCUAGGCUGGGGAUGUAGCUCAAGGUUAGAGUAUUUGCUGAGUAUGCUAUAGGUUCCAUUCUAGCACCAAAUACUUAAAAAAGAUUGUACAUUUCUGUCUGCCUCUCUCUUUCCCUCUCCCCACUCUUCUUCCUCCUUCUCCUUCUUCCUUACCACCUUCAUCCCUGAUAAUAAGCUGUCUCCUUGCAAUUGUCUAUCUGUUGGUCAGUCCAGUGUCUGCUUACUGCCUUUGAGCAUUAUGAAAGCAAGCCAGCUUUCAGCUCAGUCCCACCAUGAUUUUCUGCAACCAAAGAAUGAAGUGUUUCAAAAUAGAAUCUUACAGUUUAGUUCUUUUGGGCAACCAAGAGCCUAUAUUGUUUUAGGGGCCUCCCUGGCCAACAACUUGUAAGGAAAUAACCCAUCCUUGGCACUGAGAUUUUUGUUUAGCAACUUAUAGCUUAUGGAAACAUCUUUUUCCACUCCUACAUUGUACCUUCAUUCAAACACUUAUUUGCUUUUUUGAGGUAGGGUCUCAUAUAGCCCAGGCUGAGAUCAAACUCAUGUAGUAGCCAAGAAUGACCUUGAUCUCCCAAUCCUUCCUCUACCUCCCAAGUGCUAGAAUUAUAAGUGUGUACCAUCAUGUCUGGCUCACUCAAACUCUAACCAUUAUUUUGACUAAAAUUUGCAGGCACAGAACUUUUGUAGGACUUUUCUCAUUCAUCAUGAUGGGUAUCAUCUGCACCCAUAAACCUUUUAAAAUUUUCAUAGGUGUGCCUGGCCCUUAUACCCCAUAUGAUUCCCCAUGUUUGCUCCUUUGGGUGUUGCUUGCAUGUUUUUCAUGUGUUUCUAAAUCUGUAAAACACUCAGAGGUUAACAUUAUAUAAUCUAUGUAAUGAAAUCUUUUAAAAAAUUACACACAUUUUUGUGUGCAUGUGCAUGCUACAGAAGACAACUUGAAGAAAUUGAUUUCCUCCUGCCAUGUAGUCCUCAGGGAUGGAACUCAGGUCAUCAGGCUUGGUGACAGGAGCCUUUACCUACUGAGUCAUAUAUCACUAUUUUACAAAGGGUAGUCAGGAUUAUUAAAGGCUCCUUACAUUCUAAGAAAGUGCCAAUGAUCUAAGGAAUCAGCUGCUAAGGGGUAGUUAAGAAAAAUUUUAGCAAGAUCCAAUACAGAAUGAAAAGAUUCCAUUGCUUGUAUCAUUUUCUCAAAACAUCAGUGGUAGAUACAAUGGAUUGGAUGGGAGGCAACUACUUUAGUUAGCCCUCCAUUAAGCACAGUUGUAGCUGGAGAGUUUCUCUUCAGCUCCAGCUAAGCCCCAGCAGUCCUGCAGCCCACUUAAACACAGAGACUCUUAUAUUAUUUAAACUGUUUGGCAUAAUGGCUCAGGCUUCUAGCUAGCUGUUCUUAUAUCUUAAAUUAACCCAUUUCUAUAAAUCUGUACCUUGCCACAUGGCUCGUGGCUUACCAGUAUCUUACAUGUUGGUACUCAUGGCAGCGGCUGGCAGUGUCUCCUGACUCAGCCUUCCUGUUCCCAGAAUUCUCUUCUCUGCUUGUCCCGCCUAUACUUCCUGCCUGGCUACUGGCCAAUCAGCAUUUUAUUUAUACAGAGCAAUAUCCACAGCACACAGUCAUUCUCUAUAAGCCUUUUCACCUCAUCCUAGAGUAUGCCAUGGGACUCCAUAUGUCUCCUCACCUCUGAAGGCUUAAGUGGAACUGGCUCCUGCUGCUUUGAACAGCUUGAGACCAGGUGGAUAUAGGGCAACACAUCUCAUUCCCAUGUUUGACAGCUUUUAGGCCAAUGCUACAGCUGGCUGCUGCCUCUCCAUUGGCCACAUUUGGCUGGUGAAAGGGUCCCAACUAGAUAAACAAUCUCUACUCAGCAUACUUUAAAAAUUAUUAUUUUUAAUUAUGUAUAUGUGUGUGCCAGCAGGUAUUCAUGGAGGCCAGAGGCAUCACAUCUUCCUGGAGCUAGAGUUACAGAACCCAGACUUUCAUGGUUAUGACCAGGACCCUGUGGUGGAUGUCUGGAAUAUGCGAGCUGUCUUCUUCUUUGGUUUUUCCAUCGCCUUGGUCUUUGGUACCACAUUUGUGGCAUAUCUGCCUGACUACAGGAUGCAAGAGUGGGCCCGCCGGGAAGCUGAGAGACUUGUGAAAUAUCGAGAAGCCAACGGCCUCCCCAUCAUGGAAUCCAACUGUGUUGAUCAGAUCCCAUUACCUGGGGGUAACUACAAAGACUUCAAAUCCUGAGAGUAAGCUCAGCACAUGGCCUGACCUCUAGGACCACCUAUCUGCCGUGCAGUUCACUGCUAGUGGGACUAAGAACUCAGACUCUGGGUGAAAGCUUCUUCAAGUCUUCAGCCUCUUCCCUUCCACAGUGUGUUAAAAGCAAAACAGAAUUUGGAAGCGCUAAGUCUGGUCCUCUAGUCUAAAUCUCAGGGCUCUGUUUGCUUUUUUCACUCCCCAAGACAAGCUGGCAAUAAUCCUAUGUCCUAGAGUUUCUACUGUUGUGAUAGAAUAUCAUGGCAACAACUGAACAGUGUUCCAAGAGAGACUUUGGAGCACUUGGUCAUAAAUGGGAUAUCUUUACCACACUUGUCCCCUCAAGACUCAAGGAUAUUCUCAGAAGAUGAGGCAGAAAGACUGUAAGAGCCAGAGGUGUUGGAGGACGCAUAGGAAACAGCAUCUUCUAGACACAACAAGGCUGAUACGCAUAGGAACUCACAGAGACUGUGACAGCACAUAUAAGACAUGCAAAAAUUCAAGCCAAACAAAAUCCCAACAUGAAGGGGAAGUGGACACAAAUUCCCACCCCUUAGCAAGAAGCUAUAGGCAAUGGAUAGCUUUUGGGAAAGGUAAAAUCCAUUUUCUACUUUGGAGUGUCACUGUAUGUUUCCGAAGCACUCCAGGGUAAGCCCCAUGCCCAGGAGUAGUUUGGCCAACAUAAAAUGGACUCUGUUUUUAUGUGCUUUUUGUUUUGUUUUGUUAUCAUUUGUCUUAUUAUUUAUUUUUUUGUUGUUCCUUGAUUUUAAGUUUUAGUUUCUUUUUUUCUUUUUUGAGAGAGAAAGAGAGAGCACCCGAGUGAGUGCAAUUUGGGUGGGUAGGGAGGAUCUGGGAAGAAUUUGGGAUGGGGAAUGGAUAUGGUCAAAAUAUACU